AUGGAGCUUGGAGAAGCUUGCGCUGUGUACCUCGACGACCGUGUGAAAGACGAACGUUGGGUAGUCAGGAAUUCUGACUCGACUGCUGGAGGAACAUACACUGGAUUAGAAACUUCAGCUGCUGAAGACGACGAAAUCCACACCAAUACGCGGCUUUUUCUUGGUAUUUUCAGGAAAGUUUACCUUUCCAACUCGAGAAAAUCAUUCGGCGAACAGUUGACGGAGCUCAACGCAACUUGUCGACCUAAAUCUAAUCCCUUAUUCGCCCUUGUUUCCAUUGCCGUCGACAAUUCAUCUGAGCCACUAGAGCAAUCAUCUCAAAGUCGGUCUAUGGCUCCCCUCACGUCGUCAUCGACAUCCAACAACAAAGUUGGCCGGUUUCUCCGAUUCUCGUCAGAAUCGGAUGACUUCUGCAUGCUAGAGGUUCUUGCCAGAUUCUCCGCGAACCUGAGACUUCAGACUGAAGUGAACCUUGCCAUUCCCGUCGCAUUGUUGCGUUUCGUACGGGAAGGCGUUGAUUGUGAAAGAUCGAUAGAAGCUAAAGCUGAAGACCAUGAAACCCUAGUUGAGAACACUGUAACCGGUUUGCCCUUGGUAAACGGGUGCGUAUAUCGUUGCUUGGAGGCGGGGGCUUGCGAUGUCCUUGUAGCCCCUUUAACUGCGUCAAGGCUUGAGACCCUCACAGUCCAGGCAUAUAGAAUAUUUAUGUCAGCCAAAAAACAACAAUUGCUGGAUACAGGAGCCGGGAGACCCAAGAAACACUCAUGGGUUGGUACGAACGACCACCCGUUAUACUCCUAUCUUCGAGAGACCAUGGUAACUAAACUAAUGAAACAAAUAUGUGAUCCCGGCGAGGAGCUGGAGAAAUAUGAAAGUGAUCUUCAUGUCCUACCAUCACGAAAACGACUCGUUGAAGCUGAAAUCGGCAAAUGGGAUUUCUCAGCCCAUGAUUUUUCAGAGGAUGAACUUGUAUAUGCCGGAACCGUAAUUCUAGAACAUGCAUUGCAAAUGCCGGAAUUAGAACCCUGGCGAAUCUCCUCGGAGCAAAUUCGUUCAUUCUUGCUUGCCACUCGUGUCACAUACAAUAGCUUCGUCCUAUAUCAUAAUUUCCGCCACGCUAUAGAUGUCCUACAAUCGACCUUUCACCUUCUAGUUAGCAUCGGGGCCCUACCCCCUUACCCGAAUGGAACUAGACGACUCUCGGCAGUGAGCCCAAUGGCAUUAUUGCUGACCCCUGCCAACGCUUUAACCCUCCUGAUCACAGCCAUUGGACAUGACGUUGGUCAUCCGGGUGUGAACAAUGUAUUUCUCGUCCGGUUGAAUGCUCCGCUAGCCCAGCUGUACAACGAUACUUCCGUUCUAGAAUCCUUCCACUGCGCUGCAUAUUCCCAGCUUCUACGAUCCUAUUGGCCCUCAUUUGUCAUGGAUAUGAAACUUCGUAAAUUGAUGAUCAGCUCCAUCCUUGCGACUGAUAUGGGUGUCCAUUUCAAGUUCAUGGAAAGCUUAGGCAAACUUCGGGAGAAAUACCAUGAAACCGACUCGACGGACCGGUGGACAGACAAUGAAAUAGAGACUAAUCGGGCCUUACUUUGUGGCUUACUGAUGAAAUGCGCCGACAUUAGCAACGUGGCCCGCACUUGGGACAUUGCGAAACGAUGGACAAAUGUCUUGCAGGAGGAAUUCGCCCAGCAAGGAAACAUGGAGAAGACCAUCGGAAUGGAGACGGCGCUCUUCGGUGGCCCUCCGGAACUUGGAAAUGUUCCUAAACUCGCCAGAAGUCAAAUCGAUUUCAUAAAAUUAUUUGCCCUGCCUCUUUUUGAAAAUUUGGCCGAUCUGCUACCAGAUAUGGCAUUUACCACCGUGGAAAUAAGACGGAACAAGUCGAUAUGGCGGGAGAUAAUAAAUCGAGAGGUACAAAGCAGGAUGUCACUAGAAUUGAUCCAAAGCAGUACAACAACACCAUUGGCACAAUCCGAUUCACAUCUUCCUUCAUCGGAUGUUAAGAAUGAAGACUUCAGCGAAACUCCCCUGGAUGAGUCGGCUGUCAAUAUUCAUAGGGUCCUGCCUGCCCCCUGGAACCUACCACCAACCCUUGGCAAUGUUCAACCUUGUGGAACCUAUGAACACUCUGAUGUUGAUAAGGACUCUCGUGGCUCGAGCGGCGGCUCUCGUCCCCUUGCAAUAUCGACGACAGACCCUUCUGGACAUACUGAUCCAGGAGCAGAAGACAAUCAAGCACCUCAUUCCCGGCGUUACCAAUGUCAUCGCCAGUUCCAGCGCUCAUCAGGCCGUGCCUCAAACGGAACGACAGUGAAUCGCCAAAGCGACAUGACUAGCGGAACGCGCACGCAAAGCACGAGCACGGACACGAACAAUACAGUUAUGACCCCCAUUUCUUCAACCACACAACCCAGCAGCCUUAGCAGUCUAAAUAGUAGUAGUGAUGAUGAACAUGAUCGCGUGCGCCAUGGAUUCGACCGCGAUGCAGCAAAUGGUCCGUCCGGCAACAUCCGUUCCGAAAACCACCGCGAUUUGGGGACCAGCAGUCGUGCCAGCCCCAUGGUUGUGCCACAUCCGGCGAACUCUGGGCGCCCAAGCAUUCUUCAUACCUUCCACAGCGACGUCGAGGAUGGGAAAACCCCACACUUUAUGGCUGCCUUUAUCGACAAAAACUUCGGCCACCAUGCCCAAGGGAAUGGUGUCACCAUCACAAACUCAAACCCCCCCUCCAAUAACUACAUGUCGACCGAUUCCGCACAUCACAAUUUCUCUCCAGCCAACCACCAUAUGCACGACACUAAUGGGAUCAACAACCGGACUGUCCCUCGACGACGGAGUCGCUUACGGCUUGCCUUCUGGCGCCGCAACAGGGAAAUCGUCUCUGCUGAACAUGACUGA